UUUGAGAUAUUUUAGGUUAAAAGUCAAAAAAUAUGCAAAAACCUUUAUUUAUAUGCCAAAAAGCUCAGAAUAUGCAAAAUAUACAAUAUAUGCAAAACGUUUCUUUCCUUAUUUUCAAUAUUUUGCCAUAGUGCAGAAGUGCCCUGUGUAGAUACUAAUCUAUUUUUAAUUUGCAUAUUUCCCUUCUCUAAAUGGAAAAAUAUGUAAUGUCAUUAAAAAACAAACAUUUUUGUUACCAAAUGCGGCAUAUCUUAAGAAUUUGUGUGCAUAUUUCAUCAACAUACACAAUUGAAGUUACAGGAAAAUAUGACCACUAACAAAAAACAUGCAAUUGCAUGAACUUCCCAACUAUAGUUACAUACAAUCAUUAUUGACAAAUGAAUAUAAUAAUUAUCAUCAUUGUGUUAUGAAACUUUUGUGGGCAUUCUGCAAUCACUUUUGGGAGUCACAAAUUUUAUGGACCUAACUUAUUUACACAAUAACACAUAAACUCAUCUUAUUUCUAUUUAAUAUUCUUAGAGUCUGUAUUUAAUGCAAAAUAUGAACAAAGAAAUUAUUUCAUUUUCUUUUGAUCCUGCCUUAGGUAUUGCCCUUGUAGCCACUUUAAAACAUCAUCAAUUCCAGCACCUGUCAUUGCACUAGUCUCUAUGACUGUUAUUUCUUGUGAAAUCUCCUCUUUUAAUCGAGACAGUUGGAGCAUUAGUAAUGCUUCAUUUCUCAUUUGCCGGUAAGAAACAUCCAUUUUUGAUAAAGCAAGUAGUAUCUUUGUUCUCUUCAGGGAAGGUUCUGCCAAAAUACUAUACAAGAGUACACCAGCCGCAGCGAUUUGACACAAAUUACUGGUGUCCACGACGUAAACAAUUUUAUUGAUUCCUUGAUAGUAGUUUUUCCAAAUAGGUGCCAUUGCACCUCCUAUUUCGCGUAUUGUUAUUUCCUUUUGAUUUUCUAAUUUAAUUGUCACUAGGUUUGUGCCCACAGUGGGUACCGUAUUCGAAGUGAAAUCUAUUGUCUCUUUGUUUUGCAAUUUUUUCAACAAAAGAGUUUUUCCAGAUCCUGUUGGACCCAAACACAGACACAUGCUUGACGCACGAGCAGUUCAAUGCGGUCUUGGGCUUUGUAAUUUAACAUUUGUGUUUCAAAGGAUUGUUGUCAUGGUAACAAAGCUAGAACACUGCAGUGUAUAAUCAUCAUCAUUACGGUUCCCUACUUCCUGCCAGUAUUUACCUGGAAACAAAUUUUAUAUCUCCGACAGUGUAUUCUUUUUAUACUUGUAAAUUUGCGGUUGACUAUAUACUUUCCAAUCGCUUCCUAUGAACGUCAGUGGAAAACAAUACGAGAAAACUUCCUUCUCGGCGUGGAACGAAAAGUCCUCUGAUUGCAAAGCGGGAUGCGCAAUGCAUAAAAAGAUAACUUGUGCGCAUUGGCAUUGCCAUUGACUAUGGAGCAGCUGGGUGAGGUAAUCAUUCUGUGUACAGAUAACAUAUUAUGGAAUGAGUUGACAAUAAAUUUUUGAUUAGUUUCAAUACUUAGGUACUUAUAAGUUGACAACAUGUCAAACAUCAUACCUCCUAUGGUAUCAUCCACACCACCACCAAUGGAUGACAAUAUGGAUGAUGAUGAAGAUGAUGAGUUUGGGGAUUUUGCAUCUGCCAACUUGUCAUAUGUUUCAGAUGUUCAGCCGUCCAAUUCUGUUGCACAUAUGUCAUGGGAAACUAACAAAAUAAUAUCGUCAUCACUUAACACUAAUGAUGUUCAAUCUCAGUUAAGUGAAGAAGCCUGUGAAACAGUAUUGAAGUCUGAUGACAAUUUAACUCCUGUGAAGCACAAUGGAACCUGUGGAAGAGAUUCGGAUCCUACAACUACUGAUGAUGACGAAGAAGUGGAAUGUCCAGUGUUCAAUAAGUGUGAUCAAUCUGACCAAAGUAGAACUGGUAAAUGUGAUAUUAUGCGAGUCAGAGAAAUCCAGCAAGAUAACACUAGCCAGGAUUCUGUUGUGUCAGGCACAACAGAUUCAGGACUUUGCAGUGCAAGCCAGAUAAGUGAGGGUACCUCACCUUUACCUCAAGGUGAAGAGGUGGACAGAUUAUCUCCAGUUUUAAAUUCUACAUCCAGGCAACAAGUAGAAAUAUUUGAAAAGGAGCCGUGUGAAAGUGAUAAAACAAUAGUAAAGUUGGGAGAAGAUUAUAAAAGAACGUUUAAUGAAGAAAAUGCUCUCAAAAAUUUUCCUGCUUCGGACAUGAAUGUUGUUAUUUCUAACAAUGUUGCAGAAAAUGUGAGCAAGUAUUUGAGUGGUUCAGAAGCUACAGUUAGUUCUGAAAAUGGUGAAGUUGUGUCUUACAGAGCAUUACCUGCCUCAGAUUUGGGAGAAAUUAAUGAGAGUGAAACUGUUGGUGUUAGGGACCAAAUUGGAACUGCUAGAGAAUUGGAUAAAAGCAUAACAGAUGGUAAUUUUGAUGAUUUCUCAGAAUUUCAGUCAACUUGUGAAGAAGCUUCAAUGCAAACAAACAUGCAUGUACUUAAUAUGUCCACAAAUAACCUUGAAGAAAGUGAUGAGAGUAAAAACAGUGGGCAAGUAAAAAAACAUCCUACUGAAUUAAUAUUAGAGGGAGCAGUUGAUUUUUCAGUUGCUCCAGAACAAAAAGAUGGCAAUGAUAAUGCUGAGCAUGACCAACAUGAGUUGCUAGAUGCUGAUGGAGAUGAAUUUGGAGAUUUUGAAAAAUCUUCUGUAUCACAUGGAAAGAAAUAUCACAAUAACUUGGUAGUUAUAAAUGAUGAAAAGGAUUGUACUCCACAACUCCAGGAUAUCCCUACUGAUGAACAUAGUGACGAUGAGUUUGCAGAUUUUGCUUCUGCCUCAGAACCAUUGCAGUCCUUUUUCCCAGAGUCACAAACAGUAGAGAAAACAGCUUCUAGUAGUUGGGCUGAUGUUCCAGUUCCAGAUGCAGAAACUACAUUAGAUGAACUGGGAGAUUUUGAUGAUUUUGAAACAACUGAAUUUCAUCCAUAUGAAAUGCAUUCUGCUGAUGAUAAUGACAAGCUGCUGGAAAGAAUAGAAAGUUUGAUUAAGGAUUUGUUUCCAAAUGAUGUGGAAAUGGCAGGAGAGAUUUUUCCUGUUGAAUCAGAACCAUUAAUGGAGUAUUUGAAUACUGUUAGUCCAGUCUGGGACAAACUUCGUGUAAUUGAGAGUAGUCAUGCUCUUACAUAUCAGUGGUCAGGUUCAACAGCUAACAAGGCUUUACUUUCAUCUCUUGGAAUAGAUUCACGUAAUAUUUUGUUUGGUCCACGCUGGAAUGCAUCUGUGCCAAGAUUUGCUGCCAAUUUGGGAUUCAGUCCACUUGAACCAGUUCGUGCAUCGGGAAAUGGUGCUAAUGCGCAGCCUUCACCUUCUGUUUCAUCUUCUUUGAAAGAACCAUCAAGGAUCGCACCCACAGAGAGUCCUGAAACCUCUGGAAAUGAGGAUUCUGUUCCAGCUGCCCAGUUUGAUUGGACUAGCAGUGGUUUGGUAAAUCCUUUGGAUUGCACUCAAUCUGCCCUACUCGACUUGGAUUAUCUCAACACGUUUGAUAACUUUGCCUCCUCCUCUUCUUCCGUCGCUGCCUGGGAACUCGCCAGCUUGGAAAAAGAGCUCCAGCCCCAAAAUGAAGAAUCCACACCAGGAGCAACUCAGCCCACUACACAAACUGACCAACUUGUGCAACGGAUCUUAGCAGCCAGCCAGUCUGUGCCCCUGGCCAGUGUUCAGCGUCGAGAUGGACUCAGCCCUGAAGCCAUAAAGGUCUUAGACUCUCUUCCAGAUCUCUCUUUUCUCCGAACCAAGAUGCUCAUGUUCCCUGUGCAUACACCAUCUCCUGAGCACACUGUUAGUGCAUCUGAUGGGUGAACUUUUCAUCAUCUGAUGUAGGAUAGUAUUAUUUAACUUUCCCUCCAAGUUUGUUGAUUUAUCCUUAAAAUGUGAAAUACUCAAACAUAAUUACAUUCAGGAAAAGAAUAUGAUAGUGAUUUCUACUCUUGCAGUUAUUUUUGCAAUUAUUAAAUUAGAGUGUAAGUGUUCAAGACUUGAAGUGUCUUAUUUGAGUAUUAUCAGAAUAAGAGAAAGCAAAACAGUAUUUUAAGUACUUAAAACCACAUUGAAAGUUGUCUAUUUUUCACUGAGAUUUUAUUUUAUUUAAUGUUCAAAAAUGUCAUAUUAAUUUACUUUUACUUUUCAUUUGUUGAUAUUGUAUGAUGAAAGCAUCUUGGAACACAAAUCCAGUACUUCUUUGUCUCUUUUUUAUUGUAUUUAAUUCUCAAGUAUGAUUACACAAAAUACACAUCAAAAAUUUAAAGAAAAUAUGAGAUAAUGUGUGUUAUUUGCAUAAAUGAUAGCUAAAAGAAAUCAUGAGUUGUAUGUUAUUUUAAAUUCAUGGUAAAGAAUGUUGUAUCUUAAAAUAUGGAAUUUACCAACCAGAGUAAUUUUAAAUCCAUGAUAAAUAGAAUAUAUUUCAAUUAUUUGUAUUUAUCAUGUGUGGGAAUAAUUGAGCGCAAUUCAUAUAUUAGGUAAUGGAAUUUUUUUAAAUUUAUUGUUACACAUCUCACAUGCCUUGUCUGAGUUGGUUGUUUUUUAAAUUUCCAUUUAGAUGUACCAUUUUAAAUUUCUUUAUAUAAUGCUUUACAUAUUUGGUGUAAUUGCAUUGCUAAUGCAAUGAUUAUUUUCUGUACUUCAGAAUUUGUGGAGCUUUAUUGCAGUCUUGUUCUAGUCUUUUAUGGAUAUAAAAAUGAAUUGUAUUUUUACAUAAUCCUUUGUCAUAAGAUGAAAUAUUUAGGCAAAGAUAAUAUAAAUGAAUGCAAGAUUGCUGCUGAUAUUUGUUUUUUGAAGUGUAUGUAAAUGUUUUCAGUUAGAACUCUAGUUAUCAGUACAUUUGAGCACAUUCUUUUGCAUUCUUGUUUUAUAAAUGUGCGGUUUGGACUGGGCUUUAAACAGAAUCAUACAGUGCAUUUAGGUGACUAUAACUAUAAAUAUGUACAUUUGGGUAAAAGAUUCUUAUAAAUAAAAUGUUUUAUUUAUUUUGUUUU